AGUUCCUCCUGACGCCAGAUUUCCUGACAUGCGCGGUAGUCAAUGCUGCUGUAAUGUUUUGGUUGUUCCAGUGAUAUUUUAACACCUUUUUAUUAAUAGUCACCUCGCUGGCUUGUGGCGUUUGUACACGAUCCGGACCGCAGCGUAGAAGUCAUGUCCCGGGUCCGGCAACCUCCGCUUGUGACAGGGAUCUCACCCAAAGAGGGGACAUCAUGGACUAAAGUGACCAUCAGAGGGGAAAACCUGGGUACCGGCCCCUCCGACCUGAUAGGUUUGACCAUUUGUGGACACAACUGCCUGCUGACUGGAGAAUGGAUCUCCGCCAGUAAAAUAGUGUGCCGCGUCGGACAGGACAAGAAUGACAAAGGGGACAUCAUCGUUACCACAAAAUCUGGGGGAAGGGGAACCUCAACAGUGUUCUUUAAGUUACUCAAGCCUGACAAAAUUAAUAUCUUGGAACCAUCCGCAGUGUGGGUGGAAGAAAUGAAUUAUUAUGAUAUACGUACAGACAGAAAUAAAGGACUCUCUCCAUUUUCUCAGCGACCAGCCAACCCAUUGGGCAUAGACAUAGAGAGAGGCAAGAUUCCACACCAGGACAUUGAGGCAUUAUUUUCUGGAAAGAGUGGAGACUUCAACAGUGAAAAGUUUUCUGCCACCUGGUACCUAAUAGAGAACCAUUCAACUGUGAGUUUUGAACAGCUGAAAAUUGCAGCCAACAACCUGCGAAAGCAGGCGAGCAAGAAAAACGAGGGGAAUGUUGCCUACGUAAAAGGAGGUCUCAGCACGUUCUUUGAGGCCCAAGAUGCACUGGCAGCAAUCCAUCAAAAAUUGGAAGCGGAUGGUACGGAAAAAGUGGAAGGUUCAAUGACGCAAAAAUUGGAAAAAGUUCUAAAAAGUGCAAGUACAACAGCAGAUACUCUGUUCCAAGAAGUACUUGGCAGGAAGGAUAAAGCUGAUUCUACUAGGAAUGCACUGAAUGUUCUCCAGCGAUUCAAAUUUUUGUUCAAUCUUCCACUCAACAUCGAAAAAAACAUUCAGAAGGGUGACUAUGAUGUCGUCAUUAAUGAUUAUGAAAAAGCAAAGUCCUUAUUUGGAAAGACUGAAGUUGAGGUUUUUAAAAAAGUAUAUGCUGAAGUAGAAACCAGAAUUGAAGCACUGAGGAAAUUACUUUUGGAUAAGUUGUUGGAAACCCCUUCCACUUUACAUGACCAGAAACGCUACAUCAGAUAUCUUUCCGAACUCCACGCUCCGGGUGACCCAGCUUGGAAGUGUAUUGGAGCACAGCACAAGUGGAUUGUUCAGCUUAUGCACAACUGUAAAGAUGGCUAUGUGAAAGAACUAAAAGGAAACCCAAUGUUGCAGAGCCCAAUGCUUGACUUGGACAGUGAGGGACGCCCAUCUCCAAUUGGAAGACUCAGUCAGACUGCAUCACUGCAGAGAGGAAGCAGCUUCCAAUCAGGACGAAAUGACUCUUUGAGAUAUAAAACACCACAUCAGGCAGAGUUUGUGGAAAAGCUAACAAAAGUGGUUGUCGGGCAGCUUCCGAACUUCUGGAAACUCUGGAUAUCGUAUUUGAAUGGAAGUCUGUUUAGUGAGACAGCAGAAAAAUCUGUCCAAAUUGAAAGUCACAGAAAAAACAUAAAACAAAGGCCAAAUGAUUUUAAGAAAAUGAUUCAGGAAGUGAUGCAGUCUCUUGUGAAGCUCAUCCGUGGAGCCUUGCUCCCAUUUACUAUUAGUGAAGAGGACUUAAAGAAGUAUGGUGGCUGGGAGUUAAAGGCUGAAUUGUCUGGUCCAUGGUUAGCUCAUGUUGUCCAGACUGUCAGGCCUAGUUAUGAAUCUUUGACAGCACUUGAGAUCCCCAAUGACAUGCUACAAUCCAUACAAGACCUUAUCUUGGAUUUACGUGUUCGCAGUGUCAUUGUCACCUUACAGCAUACAGCAGAAGAAGUUAAACGACUAGCUGACAAAGAAGAUUGGGUUGUUGAUAAUGAAGGCUUAACGUCUUUGCCAACUUACUUUGAGCAGUGUGUGAUCCAGUCUUUGCAGUCACUAAAAGGAGUUCUGGAAUGCAAGCCUGCUGAAGCCAGCAUAUUUCAGCAUCAGAAAACACAGGAUGAUGUGUGUCUUCUCUGCAUCAACAUUAUACAGGCCUUCAUAUCCACUCUAGAAUAUCUGAGUACCAAGCCUGAUGGGGAAGUCGAUACAAAGCAUGUCUCAAUGGAUGUUUCAUCUCCUGAUUUAUUUGGCAGCAUGUAUGAAGAGCCUACAAUAUCACCUGAGCAACGACUUUUAAUUGUUCUGAGCAAUUGUCGCUACCUCGAAAGGCAUACACUGCUGAACAUUGCUGAACAAUUUGAGAAGCAUGGCUUCCAAGGAAUAGAGAAGAUAACGCAGGCCAGUACAGAGUCUCUCAGGGAGCUGGACCAAAGAUUAUUUGAAACCUUUAUCGAGAUUAAAGCAGAUCCUAUUGUUGGGUCCUUGGAGCCUGGUAUUUAUGCUGGAUAUUUUGACUGGAAAGACUGCCUUGCUCCCACAGGUGUGAGGAACUAUUUGAAGGAGGCAUUAGUGAACAUCAUUGCUGUACAUGCAGAGGUAUUCUCAAUUUCUAAAGAACUUGUCCCCAGAGUAAUGUCAAGGAUCGUGGAAGCAGUAGCGGAAGAGCUAAGCAGGCUCAUGCAAUGUGUAUCAUCCUUUAGCAGGAAUGGAGCAAUACAGGCACGACUUGAAAUUUGCUCGCUGACAGAUGCAGUAGCUAUUUAUCUGACAAAAGACAGCAAAUCCAGUUUCAAACAAGCACUGGAAGCUCUUCCUCAACUUCCCAGUGGCAGUGACAAGAAGUUACUGGAAGAGCUGCUAAAUGAAUUUAAGAGCAAUAUGCACUUACAACUAAUGUGCUUCCAGCCAUUUGCCAAUAUCAGCUUGAAGACCUAAUAAAGCAAUCAUUCCUCGCCAUGUAACAAUCCAUUUUUUAUGAACAUUUGCAGUUCUG